AUGGACAGCUCUCCCGCCUCGCCUUUGGCCCCCAGGGAUCCCAGCUCCCCUGAAUCUUCGAUCGGCGAACAAAUCGCCACUCUACAGGCCCAGCUUGCCGCUCUGCAGGCCUCGCAACCCGCCGCCGCCGCAGCCGCCGCACCCCCGGCCGUCACCGUCGUGCCGGGGAACGCCGCCACCGCAUCCAAGGUCGUGUUUCCCAAGCACGCUCGUCUGGACGGCCCCAAGUCGUUCACCAACUGGUUGCGUCAACUCCGUCUUGCACUCCCGAACCAGGUUCGUGGUUACGUUCUCGACGGUGUCGUUCCCCCGACCUGGACCGCCGACCAGCUUGCCGCACGUGACGACGCCGCCCGGGAAAUCAUCGUUGGCUCUAUCGACUCCGCCGACGUAUCGGCCACCCUCGACGCCAUCCCCAGCGACGACCUGUCGGCACCGCGCAUCUUUGCCGCUCUCAAGGCUCGUUUUGCACCGGACGACGCUACACGCACUCUCGAGUUGUUCGCUCGCCUUUGGGACUUCAGGAAGAUGCCUGCCUCCGUCGAGGCCUACGACACUUGGCUACGCGAGUACAUGUCGAUUGCUCAGGAAAUACGCGACGCCAAAACAUCGCUCAACGACGUGCUCGCCACCCACGUGCUCGCCAUGGUCCCGUCUUGCCUCGACAGCUUCCGACUCACGUUCACGGACGAGCAGCGAAACCGACGCGACCUUCCCGAACUCACGACGCUUACGGACCGCAUUCGCAUCCAGCUUCGUUCGGCAGGACUCUCGACCUCGCAUUCGGCCAUGCUUGCCACCAGCUCCCCCUGCCCCGCCUGCCGCGCUCCCGGUCACCGCCUGCGCGACUGCACUUCACGUGCGAAGCACCCGCCCACCGGCCCCUGCCGCCGAUGCCACAAGAAAGGUCACUGGGCACUCGACUGCAAGAACCGGGGUGAACAGGCACGUAGCAGCGACGACACCCAGGACGACACGUCUUCCUCCGCGGCCUCGCAACCGAACGUCGGCUAUUUCGCCUCCUGCCUCUUCGCUCGUCGCCAACUCCCAACUGACGCCUUUGUAGUCGAUUCGGGUGCCACGACACACAUGGUCGCCGACCGAUCUCUAUUCACGACUUAUCGUCAGACGGCACACACCAAGAUCGGCGGCAUCGCGGGCGGCAUCACGGCUAUCGGCAUGGGGGACGUGGCAUUCGUCGCCAAGACUGGACACCCGAUCUAUGAAGGAACAAUAUACCACUGCACCAAAAGGCGAGGCACCUCUACUUCAGUGAGCGCAUAUUGUCCUAGAAGUGAGAUGGAGCGAAGUUCAACACCCCCCUGUGCGCGAAGCUGAAGAGCUUGUGGCAGUGGGUGCGGCUGUGAGGCAACUGGGCAUGUUGAUCAGGUCGCUUGGGCAAGUGCAGCUUGGGCACUGUGAGCACUGUCGAUGCGCCAGGGUGCUUGGCACGCUGCUGGGCAAGUGCGGGGGCCGGGACGCUGAGUGUAUGCGCGCAAAAUUGCCUGACCCCAGGGGGGAUUGAACUCAUGACCUGCUGGUUGCUCUGGGCUCAUAACCUAUGAAGGAACAAUAUACCACUGCACCAAAAGGCGAGGCACCUCUACUUCAGUGAGCGCAUAUUGUCCUAGAAGUGAGAUGGAGCGAAGUUCAACACGAUCACGCUCCGUGGUGUUCUUCACACGCCUGGCCUACACGUCAACCUCCUCUCUGUCUCUCGCCUCUGCGACACCGACCGCGUUCGUCUCGCCUUCACCAGCGACGGCAUCGACAUCGCCAAGGACGGCCGGGCCAUUGCUCACGGUACCAGGGUCAACGACGGUCUUUACCUUUUGGACGCGGAUCACACCAAGUGCCAGCAUCUUGCCUUCCUCUCACGCUCUGAGUCUCCCGUGCCCCUGCUUACCCUACACCGCUGCCUCGGCCAUCUUGCCCCAUCCUCUAUACAGAAGAUGAUUGCUGCAGGUUUGCUGGACGGGUUUGGGGCCGGGUACAGUGACAAAGACGUAGAGGAGUUUGUUUGCAAUGCUUGCCUUGGUUCCAAAGGUCACCGCCUUCCCUUUCCCGACUCUGAGUCGCAUUCCGCCGAGAGACUUGGCCUCGUGCACAGCGACGUCCUGUCGUUCCCCACUCCGUCCUUGACCGGGAAGCGCUACCUUGUCACGUUUCUAGACGACCACUCUCGCAAACUCUGGGCAUAUGCGAUCGAUCACAAAAGCGAUGUUUUCCCGACCUUCCAGACUUGGCUCGCCGAAGUGGAGUUAGAGACGAACGCGCGGUUGAGGAUCCUUCGAACCGACAAUGGCGGGGAGUACCGAUCAAACGCAUUCACGGAGUUCUGCAAAUCCAAGGGCAUUCGUCGUCAAUACUCUAUCCCUUACACGCCUCAACAAAACGGUCGCGCCGAACGUGUCAACCUCUCCAUCGUCGAGGGCGUCCUCGCUCUCCUUGCGGACGCCCGUCUGCCGGCCACCUUUUGGGAUGAAGCGGCUGCGUAUUUCGUUUAUUGCAAAAACAGGUGCUCACACUCAGCUUUGGCCAAACAGACUCCAGAAUCCGUUUGGAACGGCCAACGCACCACCGCCACCGCCCUCCACCCGUUCGGCUGCACAGCCUGGCUCACGGUCGCCCCGGACCUUCGCAGCAAGCUCGACCCCAAGGCCGCGCGCGUGAUCUUCACAGGUUACGACCUCGCCUCCAAAGCUUUCCGUUUCUUUGACCAUUCCAUCAACAAGAUUGUACUUGGUCGCAAUGCCACCUUCCUCGACGACGACUUCCCCGGCCUGCCAGUCACCACGCCCGUCGAUGCAGACGACACCGACCGUCAGUUCGUCGUUCCCGCCGACACGCCCGCCCCUGCCGUCAAGACGAGGACCCCACUAGUAAGGUCGGCGCACAUGGACGUCUCAUCCUCCCUUGAUGAUUCUGCCAUGAGCGCCGUUGACGUGGCCCCAGGGUACACUGGCGGAACCUUACUUAAUUCCACAGAUACCGAAUCGUCCUCGUCACCGUCUCCUGAGCCGUCCUCGUCACCGUCGCCCACAAACCCUUUGUCACCGUCGCCUGCGCUGUCACCGUCGUUGGCAGCGUCAUCGUCACCCUCGGUCUCACCGACCGACUCUGACUACUCCGCCGACCCUCUGGACCUCAUCGGCUCACAGACCCCGACUCGCCUUGGCCCACCGGACGUGCACCGCCCAGACUUCAGCACGUACCGUGAGCCCGCAUCGGCUGAGGAGUCGCCCGACGAACUCGACAUCAUUGGGCGUCACUCGCGCGAUGAAUCGCCGGAUGAAAUCGAUUUCCUCACCCAACACCACCGCGCCUUCAUCGCCACAGACGACGACGACCCCACCCUCGACGCCAUCGAGCCCGUCAAAUCGAUCACUAGCGACCCCCAGACCUGGCGCGAAGCAAUGUCCAGCGACGAGCACAACAUCUGGGCUGAGGCCGCCGCCGCCGAGUUCACCGCCAUGCGCGACGACUUCAAGGUGUUCACCAUCGAGCCUCGCUCAUCUGUACCGCCGGGCGCCACCAUCGUCACCUCCAAAUUCGUCUGGAAGACCAAGCGCAACGCAAGCGGUGAAGUCACGGGGCGGAAGGCACGUCUUGUAGCGCAGGGUAACCGACAGCGCGACGGCAUCGACUUCUCAGAAACCUUCGCACCCGUCGCCCGUUUCUCCUCCAUUCGCUGCCUCCUGGCUCUUGCCGCUGCCAAUGGCUACCACGUUCAUCAGGCCGACAUCGACAAGGCUUACCUCCACGGCGAGCUCGAUCAUGAUAUCUGGAUGACGACACCACGCGGUUUCGACUUCCCGAGCGAUAAGGUUCUCCGGCUGCGACGCUCAAUCUACGGUCUCAAGCAGGCCGGUCGCAUCUGGAAUCGUCACAUUGACACAUCACUCAGGAAUCUGGGGUACAAGGCAACAGGCACUGAUCACUGCAUUUACUCUUGCAUUGACGAUCAGCAGCGGCCUCACUAUAUCGCCUUGUAUGUCGACGACCUCCUCAUUGUCAGUCCAGCCCUCGACGAGAUCGAACGUGUCAUCUCCGGCCUUGAACAGCGGUACGGCGUCAAACGACUCGGCCCCGCGGAGUACAUCCUCGGAAUCCAAAUACGCCGCCUGGACGACGGUUCCAUUGCUCUAUCCCAGGAGCGCUACAUCAUGGACGUGCUGGCCCGUUUCCACUUCGACACCACGACACGCGGCACUACGGUGCCGAUGACGCCCGGCCUCUCGCUCACGGCAUGA